CGGCAUCCCGGAUAUAAAGUGCGCCGCCUCCCCUCGCCCAUCUCCCAGUGCGACUUCCCCUCAGUGCCCGCACUCGCACACACGUGAGCACGAACACCUCCCAGUGAUAAUCCGGAAUCGACCCAGAGCUCGAGAAGAUGGCCUCAGUUCAGAAAAAGACGACACGGACAACAAAGAAAGUUACGACGGAGACACAGGGCCAGGUCCAGACCCAGUCCAGUGUGAAACAAUCCUCUCAGGUGUCGUCUCACAAAAGCCUCACAAUCACAAAGAAGGGACAGUUUUUCAGUGACUCGUUCUUUGAGGACACGCGGCAAGAUUUCCAAGACGCCAUCAAGGAUGUGUUGACAAAAUGUGGCGACAAGUCGUCCAAGGGCGACGACAUCACUUCUUACAGGAGCCUACGAAGCCGUGAGCUGAAGGACGAGAACCAAGCCAUAAAGUCAACAGACGACGAACUCUUCCAUAAGAUUGUGGUGGACGUGAACGACUUCAUUAACGGGGGCGAGGUGACAGUGAAGACGGUAGAGGAGCGGGAGGUGGUGGUGGAGGGCCGCGUGGAGAGGAAGCAAGGCAACACCAGGUCCAGCAAGAGUUUCAAACGAAGCUUCAUUCUACCUGAGGACAUCGACGUGGAGGCUCUUACCGCUGUGGUUUCCUCCGAUGGUGUCCUCAUCAUCAAAGCCCCCAAGAAGCCUUGCAGUGCGCCAUCGUCACAGAUAAGUGUGAAGGUACAGAAGCAGGUGCAGAGUUCCACCAGCACUCAGAAGACUGGACAAGCUCUCGAUACAACACUUGCUGUUAAAACUGAGAAUGUUAAGCAGCAGACAACGAAGACUUCACAGGACAAUGUAGUCAGCCAGAAAGUGACUCAGAAGGUGACAACGGUGACUGAAGGCACAGUCAGUGACACCGCCAGUAGGCCUCUGCCGAUCGCUAAGAAAGGCCUCUUCUUCGACGACUCUUUCUUCGAGGACUCUCGCCAGCUGUACCAGACAGCCGUCAGGCAGGUACUUGAGAAGUCCAACGAGAAAUCUUCUCAAACUGACGACAUCACCACCUACAGGAACCUGCGCCGGCGGGAUCUGAAGGAGGAAAACCAAGCCGUCACUGUCAACGAAGGCCAACAAACUCAUAAGAUCAUAGUAGAUGUACAAGACUUUAUCAACGGUGGGGAGGUGACGGUGAAGACAGUUGACGAGAGGGAGGUGGUGAUUGAGGGUCACAUAGAGAAGCAGGAGGGCAACAGAAGGUCUUCCAAGAGCUUCUGUAAACGCUUUGUCCUGUCGGAGGAUAUUGACGUGGAGUCCUUGACGUGUGUGGUCUCGGCUGAUGGAGUCCUCACUAUCACUGCACCCAGAAAGCCAUCAGCGAUGCCAGUAACAGAUGUUAGUAGAACCACUACUACAGAAACCAGGAAACAAAUCCAGCAAUCAACUGUCACCACGACUGAGGGACAAGACGUGAAGGAAGUUGUAGUAGCACCACAACCAGCACCAAGAGUUACACAGGAUGACACUAACCAGGAGAAAACCGUGACCACUGUGACCCGACAGGUCAAGACUGUGACAGACACCACCACCACCAGCGACGCCGGCACCAGGCCUUUACCAAUCACUAAGAAAGGUCCCUUCUUCGAUGACUCUUUCUUUGAGGAUUCUCGUCAACCUUUCCAGAAAGCUGUGAGACAAGUUCUGGAAAAGACCAACGAGACCUCUUCUCAAACUGAUGACCUUACCACCUACAGGAACCUGCGUCAGCGUGACCUGAAGGAGGAAAACCAGGCUGUCACUGUCGAUGAAGACCAGAAAACUCACAAGAUCAUAGUAGAUGUACAAGACUUUAUCAACGGUGGGGAGGUGACGGUGAAGACAGUGGAGGAGAGGGAGGUGGUGAUUGAGGGUCACAUAGAGAAGCAGGAGGGCAACAGAAGGUCUUCCAAGAGCUUCUGUAAACGCUUUGUCCUGUCGGAGGAUAUUGACGUGGAGUCCUUGACGUGUGUGGUCUCGGCUGAUGGAGUCCUCACUAUCACUGCCCCCAGAAAGCCAACAACGAUGCAGGUAGAUGGUAACAUUGAGACAACUGUUACUAAGAAAACAGUGAAAACCACAACUAUUACAACGACGGAAGGACUGGAAGAGGAUGAACCCACUCCUGUCAAACCUGAGCCCACUCCUGUCAAGCCAGAACCCAUUCCUGUCAAGCCAGAACCCAUUCCUGUCAAGCCAGAACCCACUCCUGUCAAGCCAGAACCCACUCCUGUCAAAUCAGAGCCUGUUGUUGUCGAACCAGAAUCCACUGAGACAACUGUUACUAAGAAAACAGUGAAAACCACAACUAUUACAACGAUGGAAGGACUGGAAGAGGAUGAACCCACUCCUGUCAAGCCAGAACCAAUUCCUGUCAAGCCUGAGCCCACUCCAGUCAAGCCAGAACCCACUCCUGUCAAAUCAGAGCCUGUUGUUGUCGAACCAGAAUCCACUGAGACAACUGUUACUAAGAAAACAGUGAAAACCACAACUAUUACAACGACUGAAGGACUGGAAGAGGAUGAACCCACUCCUGUCAAGCCAGAACCAAUUCCUGUCAAGCCAGAACCCACUCCUGUCAAGCCAGAGCCCACUCCUGUCAAGCCAGAACCCACUCCUGUCAAAUCAGAGCCUGUUGUUGUCGAACCAGAAUCCACUGAGACAACUGUUACUAAGAAAACAGUGAAAACCACAACCAUUACAACAGUAGAAGGACUGGAAGAUGAUGAACCCACUCCUGUCAAGCCAGAACCCACUCCUGUCAAACCAGAACCCACUCCUGUCAAAUCAGAGCCUGUUGUUGUCGAACCAGAAUCCACUGAGACAACUGUUACUAAGAAAACUGUGAAAACCACAACUAUUACAACGACGGAAGGACUGGAAGAGGAUGAACCCACUCCUGUCAAGCCAGAACCAAUUCCUGUCAAGCCUGAGCCCACUCCAGUCAAGCCAGAACCCACUCCUGUCAAGCCAGAGCCUGUUGUUGUCGAACCAGAAUCCACUGAGACAACUGUUACUAAGAAAACUGUGAAAACCACAACUAUUACAACGACGGAAGGACUGGAAGAGGAUGAACCCACUCCUGUCAAACCAAAAGAAGUUGUGAAAACAUCUGAUGAAAAUGUUGUCACUCGUAAAGUUGAUACAGAGAAAACAGUAUCAACGGUGAACCAACAGGACACAACAGUGACGGACAGCACCAGAAGGGGCACUGUCACAAGGGUUAUAACCAUCAUCAAGAAAGGUUCCUUCUUUGACGACUCUUUCUUCGAGGACUCUCGCCAGCUUUUCCAGACAGCUGUGAGGAGAGUCCUGGAACAGUUCAACGAGACGUCUUCCCAAACUGACGACAUCACCACCUACAGGAAGUUGCGUCAGCGUGACCUGAGAGAGGAAAACCAAGCCGCCACUGUCAACGAAGAUCAGACGUCUCAAAAGAUGAUUGUAGACGUGCAAGAUUUUGUGAACGGCGGGGAGGUGACGGUGAAGACAGUGAACGACAGGGAGGUGGUGAUUGAGGGUCACAUAGAGAAGCAGGAGGGCAACAGAAAAUCUUCCAAGCGCUUCUGUAAACGCUUUGUCCUGUCGGAGGACAUUGACGUGGAGUCACUGACGUGUGUGGUCUCGGCUGAUGGAGUCCUCACGAUCACUGCUCCCAGAAAACCAACAACGAAGCAGAUAGAUGGUGGCACUGAGACAACACACACUAAGAAAACAGUGAAAACCACAACCAUUACGACAAUAGAAGGACGGGAAGACGAUGAACCCACUCCUGUCAAACCAAAAGAAGUUGUGAAAACAUCUGAUGAAAAUGUUGUCACUCGUAAAGUUGAUACAGAGAAAACAGUGUCAACGGUGAACCAACAGGACACAACAGUGACGGACAGCACCACAAGGGGCACUGUCACAAGGGUUAUAACCAUCAUCAAGAAAGGUUCCUUCUUUGACGACUCUUUCUUCGAGGACUCUCGCCAGCUUUUCCAGACAGCUGUGAGGAGAGUCCUGGAACAGUUCAACGAGACGUCUUCCCAAACUGACGACAUCACCACCUACAGGAAGUUGCGUCAGCGUGACCUGAGAGAGGAAAACCAAGCCGUCACUGUCAACGAAGAUCAGACGUCUCAAAAGAUGAUCGUAGACGUGCAAGAUUUUGUGAACGGCGGAGAGGUGACGGUGAAGACAGUGAACGGCAGAGAGGUGGUGGUGGAAGGUCACAUUGAGAAGCAGGAGGGCAACAGAAAGUCUUCCAAGCGCUUCUGUAAACGUUUCAUUCUUUCCGAAGAUAUUGAAGUGGAAUCUGUUACGUCUGUUGUGUCGACUGAUGGCGUCCUGACCAUCACUGCUCCAAGAAAGACACCGUCCACAAAGCAGAUUGAGGACAGCACAGAGACAACACAAACUAAGAAGACACUACAGACAUCAACCAUAACAACAUCAGGACAGGAUGUUAGUGAACCCGCUCCUGCCAAAGAUAAGACCGUCUCGACUGUUACCCAACAGGUCAAGAGAGUGACAGACAGCACCACCAGCGACACUGUCAUUAGGAUAUUGACCAUCAUCAGAAAGGGUAAUUUCUUCAGCGACUCUUUCUUCGAAGACUCCCGCAAACUGUUCCAGUCAGCAGUGAGACGCGUCCUGGAAACGUUCCACGAGACAACUACUCAAACUGACGAAAUUACCACUUACCGGAAUCUUCGCCGUCGGGACCUGAGGGAAGAGAACCAAGCCAAUACAGUCAACGAAGACCAGCAAAAUCAUAAGAUAAUUGUUGACGUCCAAGACUUCGUGAACGGCGGGGAGGUGACGGUGAAGAUAGUGAACGAGAAGGAGGUGGUGGUGGAAGGUCGCAUAGAGAAGCAGGAGGUGAAGACCACCACGACCAAACGCUUCUGUAAACGAUUUGUCCUGCCGGAGGAUACGGACGCGAAGUCCGCGUCUGCUGUGAUGUCCGCUGACGGCGUCCUUACCAUUAUAACCAGAAAGAAGGUUACCAUCACAACGACGAAACAAAAGGAAGUUAGUGUAGAGAAGAAAGUGACCAGCAAGACAGUUGACCGCAGCACCUUCAACAAGGUUCUCACCAUCGUGGUCAAGGGAGCCUUCUUCAGCGACACAACCUUUGAGGACGUUCGCCAAGAAUUCCAGUCAUCCAUCAAAACUGUCGUGGAGAAGUUUAAGAUAGAAACAACUAGCACAGACCAGUUCACCGCGUACAGAAACUUCCGCAAGAGGAACCCCAAGAAUGAAAAUCAAGCGUUUUGCGUUAAGGACACUGAAGACGUUUGGAAGGCUGUGAUUGACGUGUGCGACUUCGUCGGUGGUGUGAAGGUGCAGGUGAUCAACGGACAAGAGAUCAAGGUGGAGGGACGCGGGAACAGACAAGAGGGCGUGUCUGUGGUCUCCUUCAGCUUCAUGCGAGGCUUCAUCCUCCCUGACGACUGUGACUUGGAGGCCGUCUCCGCUGUCAUGUCGGCUGAGGGCGUCCUCACAAUUGUCGGCCCCAAGAUGAAAUAAAGCCAAAGAAUGUCAAAACAGUGUGCUUGAAAGAAAUAACGUAACCCACAUAAUUGAACUUAAAUGCAAUUGACGACGUUUCGGCCCCUUCUGAACCCUUAGUGUGACUUGUUAAAGGUCCAAGAUGUACCGAAACAUUGUUACUCAUUGCACUUUACAUGUGUGAGUUGGGUUAUAUGAAAUAAAUCUCCAAGGAACGUGUCUACUAAGAAACGUUGAUGGUUUUGAAUUGAAUUGUUGAGUUCCUUUUUCUUACAGUUAGGCUCGUACGCAGUGCAAGGGAAUGUAUAGAAUAUUAAAGUUGUUCAGUAAAUAUCUUUAUAAAUAUUACUUGGUAUGUAUGUGCUUAUAGGUUUUAAGUUAAAUAAAUAUACACACAGAAUAUACACACACACACACAUUGCGUUAAGACUUAUAUACGUGCGCCAGGACAUACACUUGUAUCCAAACAACAGAUGUCAACAAAUAUAUUUGUACGUAUUUCAGGCAAGAAAAAAACAAACGGGUUAGUUACGAUCACCAAGAGCCUAUUUUAGAUAGCCUAGCACUGGACCAGCUCACACGUUGAGACAGUAAUUGCUGUCAAACUCCUGCUAUACACGUGACCUUUGUAUGAUAGCAAAUGUGCAUGUGUUUAUACAUGUGUAACUGGGAACCAGAUUUUCCGAUCAAAAUAAUAGCAAUGACUAUAGAUAUGUGUACAAACGUUAGAGGAUGAAGACUGUCAUAUAUCAAGUCCUGAUUUGGCAUCCUGGAGGAUAUUUAUCAUCUCUUGAAUGUAUAAACAAUAUCUUGGACCUGAUGAAUAUUCUGUAAGAAAGACAUUUCAAUUUAGCUAUAAUAACUUAGCUCUUUAUUUUGAUAAUGACUUACAGGUAGUGAUGUCAUUUUAUCUAUUGACUACUCCAACCACUUGGGUUGGACGGUAGGGCGACGGUCUCGAUUCAUGCAGGUCGGCGUUCAAUCCCCGACCGUCCAAGUGGUUGGGCACCAUUCCUUCUUCCAUCCCCCCAAUCCCAUCCCCACAUCCUUAUCCUGACCCCUUCCCAGUGCCAUAUAGUCGUAAUGGCUUGGUGAUUUUUCCUAGUAGUUCCCUUCCCUUCCCUAUCUAUUGACUAGAAUCUCUUGAUUGAUUCUUAUUAGUCAAGUGCUGCAGGCGCAAGACAUUGAGUGAGCAGCUUGUUGUGUAUAGCGCGAGGCAGUGUAUGUGAUGCAAGUGUGUGGGAGAAUGUCUCAUGUGGCAGAGCACCUCACCCUGGAAGCCUCAGCUGGUGUUCCUAAAGCCGUGAGCCUCACACGAAUCUUAUUUACAUGUUUUAAUGGCAUUAUUUAAUAUGUAUACUGGAGUGUAAUUCAAUGAUAUAUUCCUCACUUUAUAUUACAGUAACAAUACUACAUGUUUCGCUUGUAUUACGAUUCCGUAUGCUGUAUGCACAUCCAACUACGGUAUAGUACAUAUUGAGUUUAAACUUCAUAAUAAUAAUUUAACUUCUAUAACAAUAGGGUGUGGGUUCAGCCAACAUAUAUGUGACUUCGGAAACACAUGGCCAGUGGAUGACACACACACAUACAUGUAUCAUUCAAGAAAAUUAAUGUUUCUUAUACAUUUGAACAAUAACACAACCUGUGUUGUUGAUGUUUUAAUUGAUAUAAUAACUUCCUAAUAGUGUCCAGGAUUAUCUGGCAUAAUAAAGGUCCCGGUAGGACAUCUCAACAAACAAA